AUCUAUGGGUCUGGCAGGGGGUGUGAGUGCUGGAUCACGUCCGGGCCGUGCUCUAUGGGUCCGGCCGUGGGGCUCCUCCCCUCACUCCCCCCCCCCCUUUUUCUCCCCCCUCCCCCAGGCGCCAUGAGCGCGGCGGGGCGGGCGCGAGAGCCCGAGGCCGAGAUGCCGGCGACCGAGAAGGACCUGGCGGACGAUGCUCCGUGGAAGCGCAUCCAGCAGAACACGUUCACGCGCUGGUGCAACGAGCACCUCAAGUGCGUGCAGAAACGGGUGGGGAACCUGCAGACCGACCUGGGCGACGGGCUGAGGCUCAUCGCGUUAUUGGAGGUGCUGAGCCAGAAGAAGCUGGGCCGCAGGUACAACGCCAGGCCCACGUUCAGGCAGAUGCAGCUCGAGAACGUGUCCGUGGCGCUGGACUUCCUCGAGAGGGAGAACAUCAAGCUCGUGUCCAUAGACAGCAAGGCCAUAGUGGACGGGAACCUGAAGCUGAUCCUGGGCCUGGUGUGGGCUCUGAUCCUACACCAGCCCCAUACUGACCCCAUAAGUGAUGCUCUGACCCCAUAAGUGACCCCCUGCCCCAUAAGUGACCCUAUAACCCUAUAACCACAGACAGCAAGGCCAUAGUGGACGGGAACCUGAAGCUGAGCCUGGGCCUGGUGUGGGCUCUGAUCCUACACCAGCCCCAUAUUGACCCCAUAAGUGAUGCUCUGACCCCAUAACUGCCCCUCUAACCCCAUAAGUGACCCCAUAUCCCACCCCACAGACAGCAAGGCCAUAGUGGACGGGAACCUGAAGCUGAUCCUGGGCCUGGUGUGGGCUCUGAUCCUUAUUGACCCCAUAGGCACCACUCUGACCCUAUAAGUGAUUCCCUGCCCCUCUAACCCCAUAACCGCCCCAUAUGUGCCCCACAGACAGCAAGGCCAUCGUGGACGGGAACCUGAAGCUGAUCCUGGGCCUGGUGUGGGCUCUGAUCCUACACCAGCCCCAUACUGACCCCAUAAGUGAUGCUCUGACCCCAUAACUGCCCCUCUAACCCUAUG